GGCUAGACUGAGGUAUGCUUCUAAAUGAGGCGACCGACAUCAACAAACUCUGCGCUUCGGUCCCGGAUGACUUGGCGAAAAUCAUUCGGGAAUAUCCAGAGAUUUUCCCGGACGACUUGCCAAGUGGACUGCCACCCGAACGACCCCAGGACCACAAAAUCGAGUUGGAGCCCGGCGCGCAGCCUACUGUACGCACGCAAUGGCGCCUGACUCAGCCGGAGCUACAGGAGUUACGAAACCACCUGGACUACCUGCUGACGAAAGGUUUCAUUCGGCCGAGCACGUCACCGUUCGCAACACCGAUCCUGUUCACGCCAAAAAAGGACGGCGGACUUCGCAUGUGUACGGACUAUCGUGCCCUUAAUCGGGUAACGAUAAAAUCGCGCAACCCAAUCCCACGCACGGACGAACUGAUCGACAACCUUCGCGGAGCUCGCUACUUUUCGAAGAUCGACCUUCGCGGCGGUUAUCAUCAAAUUCGGGUGUUCGCCGACGACUGCCACAAGACCGCGUUUCGUACUCGCUACAGGAGUUACGAAUACACGGUGAUGCCGUUUGGAUUAACGAACGCCCCCUCGACAUUCCAACUCACCAUGAACGGGGUGCUCCGCGAUCUACUCGACAAAUGCGUGAUAAUUUACCUGGACGACAUCCUGAUUUACAGCAAGACCCAGGAGCAACAUUUAAAGGAUUUGGAAGCGGUUUUUCAGCGGUUGCAGCAGCAUCAACUGGAGUUCCCGGGGCACGUGAUCUCCACGGAGGGGAUUCGGAUAGACCCGAAAAAACUCUGGGCUAUUCAGGAAUGGAAACCACCAACAAAUCUGCAGCAGUUGCAAUCAUUUCUGGGUUUCGUGAAAUACGUGCGGCGGUUUAUACCCAACAUGGCGGGGAUAACUGGACCUCUAACCGACCUACUGCAGAAGGGGACUUUUUACGAGUGGGGGGAGAAGCAGCAAGCUGCGUUCGAGGCAUUAAAAAAUCUUUUAAUGUCGCCACCGGUACUUCGCAUCGCUGACCCGGAACGGCCCUUCGAAGUCAUCACCGACGCAAGUGACAUCCCCAUCGGAGCAGUGCUCAUGCAAGAUUUCGGCAAUGGUCUUCAACCAAUCGCGUACGAGUCUCGGAAAAUGCAAUCUGCUGAGCGCAAUUACCCGGUACACGACAAGGAGAUGCUGGCGAUCGUCCACGCGUUCAAAAUCUGGAGGUGCUACCUAACUGGAGCAGACGUGACGGUGCGAACUGAUCACAAAUCUCUACAGUACCUGAGAGCGCAGCCGAAUCUCAACCCGCAGCAGAUACGCUGGCUAGACUAUCUGGAGUCCAACUUCACGUACAAGAUCACGUAUAAAAAAGGCGCCAACAAUAUUGCCGACGCCCUUUCCAGACCAUCUACCCAACCCGCGGCAGUACUAGUCACCCAGAGCAACCCGCUACUGAGCGUCUAUUACCUACGAAGUGGAACAGAUCGAAUUUGGGUCCCAAGUUAUCGUCUACUUCGCGAACUACUAAUUCAAGAAGUCCACGAUUCGAAUUUAUCGGGACAUUUCGGAGUUGAUAAAACUCUGAAGGCGUUGCGGCGGUUUUAUUACUGGCCAGAUAUGGUGACGGACGUGCAGCGAUACGUGGCCGCGUGUCCGAUCUGCCAGCGAAUGAAGUCAUCACACCAGCGACCUACCGGACUGUUGCAGCCCCUCGAGCCACCUCAACGCCCAUGGCAACACGUAACGAUGGAUUUCGUUACGGGACUACCGGCCAGACCCAGCGGAAACGACGCAGUUUUGGUUGUCGUCGACCGAUUGACGAAAAUGACGCAUUUCGCACCAUGUCGUACAACCAUCACAGCCGAAGAAACCGCGCGCCUGUUCAUCUCGACCGUCGUUCACCUACACGGGAUACCAGCAGCAAUCAUCAGCGAUCGAGAUCCGAAGUUCACGUCAAAAUUAUGGCAGGACACGUGGAUUCGGGACGGCACGCGUCUACAGUUUUCAUCCGCUUAUCAUCCCCAAACGGACGGCCAGACGGAAAGGACAAAUCAAACGAUGGAACAGCUGAUUCGGACAAACUGCCCCGACCGGAAAAAAUGGGAGGACGUGCUACUUAUGUUGGAAUUUUCCUACAACAACGCGCCCUCGGCUACGACUAAUCACUCCCCGUUUUAUCUCAAUUACGGGAUAGACCCUACAGUACCAGUCUCCAUCAACGUUGAGAGUCAAGUACCACGAUCGCAGCAGUUCGUCGAAGAAUUACAGACUGCCCGAGACAAAGCUGUCGAACUUAUUCGCAAGGCGAACGCAACUACCCGACGGUAUGCGGAUCUACAUCGACGGGAUAUCACAAUGACAACAGGGCAACUAGUCCUUUUGGACACCAAGAAUUUACGACUGCCACUACCGACAAAAUUACGACCACGUUUCUGUGGCCCAUUUAAGAUCAUGAAGAUGGUGACGCCGGUGACCGCCCAGUUGCGCCUACCUGAUGACUGGCGUAUUUACAACAAGUUCCACUCUAUACAAACAUGAUCAAUAAACAUGUUUGACACAC